AGGAAUCCGUCUGGGGCAAUAUCUACCCAUAUCUGGUGGUGGUGGCGGUUGGGCUCACAAUAUUCCUGAUUAUAGCAAUCAUCUACUUGGUCAACAUCAUCGUAGUUGCCUGUGGGCAUAAAUCUCUCUACUACUAUGUCUGCCCAGGCCUUCCACAUCCACCGAAGAAGCCUUCAGCUCCUAGUUCUCCAUUAAAGAAUGAAGACGGCAAUACCGAUCCUCCACCACUGAAAAAUGAAGACAGCAACACCACUCCUCUUCCAUUAGAGAAUGAAGACAGGAGCACUACUCCUCUUCCUAAACAAACUGCGGUUCAUGGCCUGGCUGCUAGGGUACCGAUGCAAACAGGGCAUGGGAAGCAACUUUUGCAGACUCUAAAGCAGUAAUCUUUUAAAGUUGUUCCUGUAACCCGAUAUAAGCAUUCAUGUCUAAAAAAGUUAUCAUGACUUUUAUGUACAUAAAUCUCAUCCUUCAAUUCAGUUUAAUGAUAUUACAUUAUUUUUAUUUCAGUCUAUCUUGAUUGUAUUACAUCCGCCCAACAUUACAUCUGUUCUAUGACAAGUUGGACCUACCCGCACGUGGUAAGCAGCUUCAAGCUGCUGUUGGCCUGAUGUACUGUAGGUUGGAUACACACUUUAAAAAGUUGGUGUAUCCGACCUGCUGUAGGUCAGUUGAAAAGCUUUCUUAAGUUGGUUGCACUCUGCUAUAGGUUGGAUGCACAAUAUUUUUAGGUCGGAAGCUUAACAUCAGUAUGGUCGAAUGCAAGAAGGUCGAUUGAACAGCUUUCUUAGGUUGGUUGCACUCAAUUCUGUAGGUCGGACGCACAAUAAAUGUUUUCACCUAACAACAAAUUAAGUUGUGCAUCCGACCUACAAAAUCUGUGUCUGACAUAGAGGUGCAAGUGAAUCAUCUAUCCUUAUGGUAGCACUGUUAACUGCAUAUUGACAAUCUGCAGUUCCUGUGUUGGUCGUAUUAACUAAAUAGAUUGUACAUCCGACUUCCAGCUAUCGUAGGUCCGAAGUAUCGUAGGACGAAAAUGCCGUAGAACAGAAGUAACAAUACCUUUGAAAAUUUCUUUUGUCAAAAGUCGUCUUCGCUUGGCAAAUGUUUCAAAAUUUUGACGCGGCAAGCUCUUCGAUACUGCGCAUUAUCAGAGCUUUGUCAAAAUACAAUUUGAACGAUUCAUCUCUGAGCUGAUAAUAAUUUUGCAGCUUAGUAGCGAAUUUUUUUUCAUUUUUGAUAAUCCAUGUUAGUGAUUUACUUUUUUGUAAAAAUUUGAUGUGUUAUAUUAUGUAGCAGACCCGUCUUUGUUUGAUUUACUUUUUAUUGUAAAUUCAUCCCUUAUAUUCGUAAAGAAAAAUGUUGUAAAUUUUGCGAACCCUAAAAUGGAGGGGGUCAAAACAGACUUAGAUAAACUUCACACAACUUACCGGCCAUUCGUCGACGAAUCCAACGAGUCGGAAGAGGAUGAGGCGCCUCCAAAUUUUUCAACGGGCACCCGUAACAACACUGCUAGUCAUUCCAACAGAGUUGGGGGUGCUGAGAAUGAGACUCCGUUUGGAAAUGAUCCCGGAGUAAUGAUUCAUGUUGUCACAGAGACAGGGAAAUCUAAAUGGAGUCACAUAGACGAUCUCGACUCAUUUUUCAUCAAAGUGUAUGAAUACCAUCAGAAACAUGGAUUCUACGUAAUGAUGAUACAGGAAUAUUUGGAGCUUGUGCAGUUUAUUUUUAUAAUUAUGUUUACAGUUUUCAUGACAGAAUGUAUCGACUAUAAUCUUCUUUUUAAUAAUGAUCCAGAGAAACAGGGUAAGAAAGUUUUUAUCAGCGAAGUGAUAGUUUUGAAAGGAUUCGUAGAGAUGGCGUUCUUCGUGAAAUGCUUCAUACUGACCUCAGUAGCUUGUUGGAUAACUAGACUUAUAGUUGUCGUCUACCAUGGGUUUCAGUUCUGGGACGUCAAAUCUUUCUUUAACACUGCGCUCAAAAUAUCAGAUAAGGAUUUAGACUCAAUAACCUGGUGGGAGGUUCAGAGUCGGUUACAAGCUGCACAGUCUGAACAUAUGAUGUGUAUUCAUAAGGAGGAGUUGACGGAACUUGAUGUUCAUCACCGUAUCCUCAGGUUCAACAACUACCUUGUCUCCAUGAUAAACAAGUCCUUGCUCCCACUCAGAUUCUCUAUUCCAGUAAUCGGAGAUUACGUUUUCCUCAGUUCUGGUCUCAAGUUUAAUUUGGAGUUGAUAUUAUUCAAGUCCCCUUGGGCUCCAUAUAAUCAGUGGCAUCUACGUGAAGAAUAUAAGCGCGUUGCUAAACGGAAAGAACUAGCGGAUAUGCUGCAGAAUCGUAUUCUAAUCCUGGGAUGUAUCAACCUUAUCCUCAUGCCUUUAAUCCUUCUCUGGCAGAUCCUGUACAGUUUCUUCAGUUAUGCAGAAGUGAUAAAGCGUGAGCCAGGAAGCCUGGGUGUACGGAAGUGGGGUCUCUACGGUAGAUAUUAUCUACGUCAUCUUAAUGAACUUGAACACGAACUAUCAGCACGUUUAGCCAGAGCUUAUAAACCAGCGAGCUACUACAUGGAUAUCUUCGUCUCUCCUCUAGCAACUGUAGUAGCCAAGAAUGUAACAUUUAUGUGUGGGAGCGUCCUCGCUGUGCUUAUUCUACUCUCUGUGUGGGAUGAGGACGUCCUCAAUGUUGAACAUGUCCUUACCAUCAUGACUGCGCUAGGUGCAGCAGUUGCUGGGGCAAGAGUAUUUAUUCCAGAUGAGAAUCUUGUAUUCUGCCCUGAGAAGACCCUAACCCAAGUUAUCUCCCAUAUUCAUUAUUUCCCGGAGGACUGGAAAGGAAAUGCUCACACAUAUAAGGUUAUGACUGAGAUGGGAUUACUGUUCCCCUAUACUGCAGUCUAUCUUCUAGAUGAACUAUUCUCUCCUGUAAUUACUCCAUUAAUACUUAUCUUCCAGCUUAGGUACAAAUCUCAGGAUAUUGUCGACUUUUUCCGUAACUUUACUGUCGACGUGGUUGGGGUCGGUGACGUCUGUAGCUUUGCGCAGAUGGAUGUGCGCCGGCACGGUAACCCCGGCUGGCAGGCCGGUCAAACUAGCCAGCAGGAGAUUCAACCUGUAGCUAAAACCAACCAGUAUACUCAGGGCGAGGAUGGGAAGACAGAAAUGUCCCUGGUUCACUUCACAAUAACAAACCCAGGCUGGAAACCAAGCAUUGAGUCAGAAAAAUAUCUGACAGGGCUCAGAACUUGUGCGGAGCGUGAUGUAAACCAGUUAUCAACUCUACCAGAGCAGAGUGUUCACAGUAACCCUUUGUACGACAGCGUGUCAGCCAUGUCAGAGAUGGGCGGCAGUUACAGGGAGGUGGCAUUACGGGUUCUUCAUGGGGGGCAACAUGUCCCCUCGCCACCCCCUCAUACCGUCCCAUCACCUCCAGAUACACAGACGAGCGAGGUUCUACACGACUCCAGCGACCAGCACCAGUCUCUACGCAGCCCCUCAACCCAACUCCCUCAAACCAGUCAAAUACACAGACGAGGUGGACCCACCAUGCCCUUCUACUCCUCACAGUCGUUUUCUGAGUCUCGAUUAUUCUCCCCCUCCUUGAUGCAGUCCCGUCAACCCAUCCAGCCAUCCUUACCCUCCCUUCUACACUCAGGACUACCCCCACCUGAAAUCACAGGCCUAGAGUAUGCUGCAGCUGACAUGAGUAUGUCAGUUCUUUAUCUACAUAAUAUUCAACACAGAAAUGCACAUAAAAGACCGUCAAUAGCUGGAGCUUCUGGAUACAGGUUCCAGAUGAGAAAUAUUACAGAGGGUAGAGAUCAACAGGAACCUGUAGAACUAGAACCUCUUAUAAGAGGAUUAAGUUCAGAAAACUGACCGAGGAACAAGAUGAACUCGACCCUCAAUUGUGAAAGGUCUACCUUCAGACAAGAACAUUCAAACUGCUCAGCUCCUUUACCCUCAACCUGUCCUCGUGUGCUCCCAACCUGUCCUCCUGGGCCUCCAACUUGUCCUACUGUACCCUUAACCCGUCCUCCAAAACCCCCUGAUGUUAGGGUUCCCAGGACUAGACCGUCUUGGCUUAAUCUUAAAACUUGUAAUACUCCAGAAUUCUGGGUUUAAAGGUUCUCUCACACCGAUUUCAGGUGUCCCUUUAUCUGUAGAGUUGCAUGUCCGAUUCAUUAGAGAACCAUUGUCUUAACAAAUAAAAUGAGUUUUCCCUUUACUUCCAUCAAAAAAUUGAUUAAUUCAUUGCGUAUAUGUGCAAUAGAGAAGAGGAAGCUAAGGGGUUGUGAGAAUCUAUAUUUUAAGACGAAAAUGGACCACACCACACCUUCUCUAUCUUUAAUCUGAGAAAUGUUAAAAAGUAUAGUUGUGAAUGUAAAACUUUAAACUGAGGUUCACUUGAAAUUGCGUUAUCAGUCCCUUGAAGCAACACAUUUUUUGAGGACCUGGGAGGAAGUUGAGAAUGUUUUACCAGAAUUUAUUGGACUUUAUUUAUUGAUUUGUUUCUACAAUUGAGCAUAUUUCGAUAACGUAAUAUAUAUAUUAAUGUUAAACUCUUUCAUAAGAAAAUUUUUUUUUACUAUAAUGCUUUGAUGAAUAAAUACAAAAUACACGGAACAAAAUCAAAUAAAAGAUGAGAGCUAUUUAUUUUAAAAUAAACUUCUUUUUUACGCCUCUUUUUUCUCGUUAAAUAGAACUUGCUUGCAUCAGCCAAUAAAUAGCUUAAUAUAUCUCUAAUAUAAUAAACUUAUGUACAAUAAUUAAUCAUGUGUGCCUUUCAGUCAAGAUCCUAUUUCAAAGUUCUAAGUCAAUGCAACUUUUAGCUCAUUAUGUAUUAAUUAAAAUAACCCCUUUUUGUGAUAUUGGAACAUUUCAUAGACAAAAUAGAUUCUUCACAGAUAGGGUUAAUUAUUUUCUUUUCCCAAAACUAUCUUUCUUAAUAUAUUUUAUACAGUUAUUUUUAAAACCUAAGAAAACAAAUUUGUCAUUUUUUUAAUUCUCUUACAUAUGGAAUGACCCAACACCCAUUUGUGGAAAUUGCACAACUAUAUUUUUUUUUUUUUUUGCUGAAAACCUACAGGACAUGAUAUAAACUUUAGCUGUAGGUUGAAUGAUAAUAAUAAAAAUAGAUUAACUAUA